GAUGUAAUGGUAUCAACAGGCCCUGUAUCAUGAUCCUUGAUUCUCUGGAGAUUCGUCGCGGAGCCAUAGUGACCAGGAUUAACAACUACCUCACCGAGGAGUGGGGGGUAAAGAAGAAAGAUUGCUCUCCCGUCAAGUUCAAACUAAAGGCUGUCCACCCAAAAUUACUGCCCCAGAACAACUCUUGUGACUGUGGAGUGUUUGUACUGCAGUAUGUGGAGAGUCUCUUCCAGUGUCUCAAGGCAGGCCACUUGCCACCAGCCAUGCCGGAUGACUGGGCCAGCUACCACCAGACUCAGAACAAGAGACAUCAGCUAAAGUCUCUCAUCACAAGACUGGGGGCGGAGAAAAACCACGCCCAGACCACGCCCCCUACCAGUCAAAACCACACCCACUCUUCCCCUCCUUCUCCUGAGCUUAUUGACAUUCCUCUAGACCCUCUUAUGUGAUGUAAUGUACUCACAUGAUCUGAUCUUUGGUCACAUUAUAUGUCACAUGAUUAGUCACAUGAUCCCAUAUCACUUCCCUGUACCGUCAUCCAUCCUACAGCUGCCUUAAUUAUAAUUCAUCCGUGAUAAGAUUUUUAAGUAUAAUAUUAUUAUAAUACUCUGAAAGGAAGUGACAUCAUCUAACGAGGUUUCGAUCAGAAAUGUGUCUUAGCCAGGCCACACCCAUAGUAUGG